AUGAAGGGAACACGAUAUAGCAUAUCUUCAACGAUGAACAUACUGAGAAUACCGGCACGAGCAACAGUGGCCUUUAAUAGGGUUCCAAUUAGAGGUGGUUUACUGGCACAAUGUACCAGUUCGUCACAAUCUAGGGGAAUCCAUUCAACUUCAAAUGUUGGAGCUGAAGAAGCUGCCUCGACAACUACAUCAGCCACAAUUCCCGUGGUACCCACACUAAGUAAGGAGCAAUUGAAGAAGAGGGAAUUACGUCGUCUAUCUCAGAGGAAAACCGAAGCUAAGCGGCCAGCAUCGAUACAUCCAUUAUACAUGCCCGUAGUGGAAGCAUUAAGAUACAUUCGAGCUGCAGAAGUUGGAAGGCCUUCGGGUCAACAAACGAUCACAUUGACGUCGUUAGUGGUGAAUGAAAAGGGUGUUGCACCAUUAAACGGACACAUUUCGCUUCCUAGACCGUUGAAGGCCUUAAAAGUUGCUGUUUUCAGUCAAAAUGAGGAAUUAUUGACCAGAAUGAAGGAGAAAUAUCAUUGUCACUUGGUUGGUGGCGUUGAGUUGAUAAAUAAAAUUAAAAAUGGUGAAGUCAAGACUGAUUUUGAUAAGGCUUUUGCUAGUAGUGAUAUGGCUAAUAUUUUAAGUGCUCAAUUGGGUAAGACUUUGGGACGUCGUGGGUUGUUACCUAAUGCCAAGAAAGGGACAGUUUCCGAUGAUUUGGAAUCACUCUUAGCUGACAAGAUAGGGUCAUUGCCAUUUAGACAAACUGGUAACUGUAUUAGUAUCGGCAUUGGUAAAUGUCAUUUCAGUGAUGAAGAAAUCCUGAGGAAUAUAAUUGCCGCCAGAUCUGCCGUCAUGAAGGCAUUAAGUGAGCAAAAAUCCAAGAAGCCCAGUAUCUUAGGGAAGACAACGUUAUCUAGUACUCAUGGUCCAGGUAUUGUAAUAGAUUUCAUUUAA